GACCAAACUAGCGCGGGCACACAGCCAAAUUAUACUUUUUUUUCCCUUUUUUUCGCGCGCGACAAAGAUGAUGUUCUGGUUGGUAAUCGCGUCUCUCGCGGUUGUGGUGCUUGCAUUGGCAAGGCGACGAGAGACGAGAGAGGCACCCGCCCAUCAAUUGGCGAGCGAAAAAUAUGGCAGAAAAGGGUCCAAGGGACGAGCAGAUGUUACAGCCUCUGCGCCCCCGAUAGAACCGCUGGCUGGCUUCGACUUGGAACAGACGAAACCGAAGGAAUUCCGCCCCUUCAAGCCAAUCUACCACAUCACCAUGGGGCUGCAAGCCAGCAACCCGUCCAAAUUGAUCACCAUGGAUCAAGACUACGGCGAAAAGAUGGAGUUUAGACGAAAGACCAUCGCGUCGCACCCCGACACGGUCGUCGGCGCCGUGCAGCCCGACGGCCUGGCGCCCGCGCAGGAGCUGUACGCCUACCUGCUGGCCGAGUACCUGCCGACGCGGUACCCGAGCGUCUUCUCGCUCGAGGACGACGGCGCGACGCUGCGCAACCACGUCACCGGCUGCGUCUGCCCGACGGCGCCGCCGGCCGACGUCGAGCUGCUCCUGCGCACGCUGGGCGAGACGGUCGAGGAUGACAUCUUCGUCCUGGUGCGCACCCCCGGCGGCGAGCACCGGAUGGUCGCGUUUGUGUGCUGCCAUCCGGCCGGCUUCGAUCCCGCGGCCAAGCUGGGCAUGGUGCUUGCGGAGAUUCACGGGCCGGUCCCGUCGUAUGAGAAGAUUGGCCCGAGUAUGGAGAGGUUCUUUGCAAAGUUGCAGGUUGGGGAGGUGGUCAAGAGGUUGAAUUGGGCAAUCACCACCGAGUCGCAACUCUUCACCCCCAGCGCAUAUCAUGUCCACGAGGGCGAUGAGGUCCAAAAGGAUGAGGAGGUUGACAUUGAAAAGACUCGACUCCGCGUCGAGUUGCAAUCACUUUCUAGGCUUCCCAAGACCAAAGCGGUCAUCUUCUCCUUCAAGUCAUACCUCUACCCGGUAACAGAUAUCAAGGCAGAGGGCCUGGGUCCGGGACUGGCAGACGCCAUCGAAGGUCUCAAGAAGGGCAACGCGCCGGGCAUGUGGACUUAUAAGGGCGCGGUGCGAUGGGGGAAAGCUGUUUGCGAAUACCUGCGGAGCUAGUGGACUACUUUGUUCGGGAGUAUACAGGCUAGAACAUUUCGCAU